AUGGCUUCUCAACCCGAGCUGGGCACUAAAGACCCCGAGACAGCUACUGCCACUCCCAUUGUGUCUUUCUUGGGCCCGGUUUCUUCUUAUACCCAUCAGGCUGCGCUUUCAUGCUUCGAAGCCGCCAAGUACAGUUAUAACCCCGCAGCAGCAAUCACUGAAGUCUUCGAGAGGGUCCAAUCUGGAGAAGCGGCCUUUGGCGUUGUACCCUUCGAGAACUCAACCAACGGAGCCGUUAUCUUUACCCUCGAGCUCCUGGCGGAUCGGCACAAUAUAUACCCAGAUAUCAAUGUCUGCGGGGAGGCAUAUCUGGAUGUCAGUCACUACCUGCUCGGCCACAAAGCUCCUCGAAACGCUCCGACGGACUCUCCCGAUGUCUCCGGCAAUUGCACACCAACGACCUCGAUCCCCAGUCCUCUCAAGCCACGAACAAAACCUCUAAGCAGUCUCAAGCACAUCGAUCGAAUAUACACGCACCCACAAGCAUGGGGACAGUGCGAGACGUUCCUCGGUGCAUACCUAAAGGGCAUUGAGCGGAUCGAUCUCAGUUCCACAAGCCGAGCAGCAGAGAUGGUGAAAGAAGACACAAGUGGCAGAAGCGCAGCGAUUGCCAGUAGCCUCGCAGCAGAAAUACACGGCCUAGACGUUCUCGCCCGGGGAAUUGAGGACCGCGAGGACAACAAGACGAGAUUCUUCAUACUGCGGAAGGGGGUGGAUGAGAAGUCAAACGCCAGCACGGCGAAAACUAAGAGUCUGAUUUCAUUCACAGUUGAUCAUCGGUCACCGGGAGCACUGGCACAGGUCUUGGAUUGCUUCCGUGCGUAUACACUUAAUUUGACGAGCAUAAAUAGUAGGCCGACCAACGAUGUACCUUUUCAGUAUAUCUUCUUUGUGGAGUUUGAGGGAAGUAAGUUGAAUGACCCGGAUGGGAGGGUUGAGGGGGCUUUGGAAUCUGUGGCCAAAUUUGUGCAGAGUUGGAGAUGGCUUGGGAGCUGGGAUGAUAAACUCUUGAGGAUCUUUGACGACCUGUCGCCCAUGCUCUCUCAUCGUCUCAAUGUAACACUCGCUAAUUUCUUACCGCCAUCCUGUUACCCUCCUGGGUUUGACAGAAACGACCCCAACCCUAGCAUUGAGCGUAGACACGCGCGGUACAGGACUCUACCCCCCGGGCACCACCUAGUCUACUUUCCAACUCAGGUUCCUGACAGUGAGCUUCUUCCAGAUGGCACUGACUCGGUUCAGUCACCGGGGGAACCAUUUGUUCGCCGCAUGUGGGCUGGGGGCUCCCUUAAGUUUUCAUGUGGCGGUGGGAUGAGUUUCGAUUUCGGUUCCGAUUCCCACUCCGAAGGGUAUUGGUGCGAGGAACAAGUGACAAAUGUUGCAAUGAAGGGGGAGGGAGACAAUGAGAAGGCAUUUGUGACUAUUGUGAGGCGGAUCAGAGAAGACAAUAGUAAGAAGGACGGAGUUCCCUCACACGAUGCAGUGAUAGAAACGAGGGAUCUGGUGUUUAUGAAAAAGAAAAGUGCAGCCGCCGCCAAAGAAGCUGCUAAUAGGCCAGACAGAGUCGUAAAACCUGCUCAAGAGCCAGAUUUCAGUGUAUCAAUGACUCCUACAAAAACCCUUCUUGCCCGAUUUUCUGGUCUCAGCUUCAACGCUCACUUCAUACACCUUGAUCCUCAGUAUGCUCGCGAGGUAGAAGGGCAUCGGGACCUUCUAGUACAUGGACCUCUCUCAUUGAUCAUGAUGCUCUCAGUGCUCAAUUCUCAGUUGAAAGAGCAUGAACGUAUUAGUAGUUUUGAUUACAGGAAUUUGGCUCCGCUCUAUGCGAAUGAAGAAAUGAGGAUCUGUGUUCGAAGGGAUCGGGAAAAGAAAAGCAGGUUGAAUGUCUGGAUUGAGGGAUGUGGUGGGGGGUAUGCCGUCAAAGGUUCUGCCGUCGUAAUAGAUCAGGGGGAAGUGGGGAAAGGUUGA